CGGGAACUGGAAGCAGCCGUACAGGAUGAAGGAGGGAACUGGAGGAGGAGAUCUUGUAAGGAAGAAGACAGAUUCUGUUCUGUCAGGUCCCUCUGAGUGUGUGUAAGAGCAAGUCAGAGGAGAGAGAGAGAGGAGAAGGCAGAGGGAGAGAGGGGGAGAGGGGAUCUGUUGCAGGCAGGGGAAGGCGUGACCUGAAUGGAGAAUGCCAGCCAAUUCCAGAGUCACACAGGGACCUCAGAACAAAGAUAAGGCUGAUACCACACUGGGGACGAGCUCGCGGACAGUCAGGCCAAGGGGACCAGGCAGCCAGGAGCACUCAAGGCAGGAAAAUGAGGUGGCUCCUUCUUUCUCACGCUCUGUGCUUCUCCUUGCUGAAGGCCUCAGCCCACCUUGUGGAGCUUAACAACAUGUUUGGCCAGAUCCAGUCUCCUGGCUAUCCGGACGCCUACCCAAGUGAUUCAGAGGUGACUUGGAAUAUCACUGUCCCAGAGGGAUUUCGAAUCAAGCUUUACUUCAUGCACUUCAACUUGGAAUCCUCCUACCUUUGUGAAUACGACUAUGUGAAGGUAGAAACUGAAGAGCAGGUGUUGGCAACCUUCUGUGGCAGGGAGACCACGGACACAGAACAAACCCCUGGCCAGGAAGUGGUCCUCUCCCCCGGCUCCUUUAUGUCCAUCACUUUCCGGUCAGAUUUCUCUGAUGAAGAGCGAUUCACAGGAUUUGAUGCCCACUACAUGGCUGUGGACGUGGACGAGUGCACGGAGCGGGAGGACGAGGAGCUGUCCUGUGACCACUACUGCCACAACUACAUCGGCGGCUACUACUGCUCCUGUCGCUUCGGAUACAUCCUCCACACGGACAACAGGACGUGCCGAGUGGAGUGCAGUGACAACCUCUUCACCCAGCGGACCGGCGUGAUCACCAGCCCUGACUUCCCCAACCCUUACCCCAAGAGCUCUGAAUGCCUCUACACCAUUGAGCUAGAGGAGGGUUUCAUGAUCAGCCUGCAGUUUGAGGACAUUUUCGACAUUGAGGACCAUCCUGAGGUGUCCUGCCCCUAUGACUACAUCAAGAUUAAAGCUGGUCCAAAAGUUCUGGGGCCCUACUGUGGAGAGAAAGCCCCAGAACCCAUCAAUACCCAGAGCCACAGCGUACAGAUCCUAUUCCACAGCGACAACUCAGGGGAGAACCGGGGCUGGAGGCUGUCGUACAGGGCAACAGGGAAUGAGUGCCCCAAGUUGCAGCCUCCUAUCCAUGGGAAAAUCGAACCCUUGCAAACCACGUAUUCCUUCAAAGACCAGGUGCUCAUCAGCUGUGACACAGGCUACAAAGUGCUGAAGGAUAACGUGGAGAUGGACACAUUCCAGAUGGAGUGUCUGAAGGACGGCACGUGGAGUAACAGGAUUCCCACCUGUAAAAUUGCGGACUGUGGCACCCCGGCAGAGCUGGAAAACGGAGUGGUCACCUUCUCCACCAGGAACAACCUCACCACAUACAAGUCUGAGAUCAGAUACUCCUGCCAGAGGCCCUACUACGAGAUGCUGCACAAUAUCACAGGUGUAUAUACCUGUUCUGCCCAAGGAGUCUGGAUGAAUGAAGUCCUGGGGAGAAGCCAGCCCACCUGCUUGCCAGUGUGCGGUCAGCCCUCGCGCUCGCUGCCAAACCUGGUCAAGCGGAUCAUCGGGGGCCGCAACGCCGAGCCCGGCCUCUUCCCGUGGCAGGCCCUGAUUGUGGUGGAGGACACCUCGAGGGUGCCCAAUGACAAGUGGUUUGGGAGCGGGGCCCUGCUCUCCGACUCCUGGAUCCUCACGGCCGCCCACGUGCUGCGCUCCCAGCGCAGAGACAACACGGUGACACCGGUCUCCAAGGAGCACGUCACCGUCCACCUGGGCCUGCACGACGUGCGGGACAAAUCCGGGGCUGUCAACAGCUCGGCCGCCCGAGUGGUGCUGCACCCGGACUUCAACAUCCAGAGUUACAACCAUGACAUCGCCCUGGUGCAGCUGCGGGAGCCCGUGCCCCUGGGGCCCCGCAUCCUCCCCGUCUGCCUGCCGCCGCCCGAGCCCGCCGGCCCGGCGCCUCACGUGCUGGGGCUGGUAGCCGGCUGGGGCAUCUCCAACCCGAACGUGACGGUGGACGAGAUCAUCGGCAGCGGGACUCGGACCUUGUCAGACGUCCUGCAGUAUGUCAAGCUACCCGUGGUGCCCCACGCCGAGUGCAAGACCAGCUACGAGUCCCGGUCGGGCAACUACAGCGUCACCGAGAACAUGUUCUGCGCCGGCUACUACGAGGGCGGCAAGGACACGUGCCUAGGAGACAGCGGUGGCGCCUUUGUCAUCCUCGACGACGCCAGCCAGCGCUGGGUGGCCCAAGGCCUGGUGUCCUGGGGAGGCCCUGAAGAAUGUGGCAGCAAGCAGGUGUAUGGGGUCUACACCAAGGUCUCCAAUUAUGUGGACUGGGUAUGGGAGCAGAUGGGUUCCCCGCAGGGCCUGGGGGAGCUGCAGGUGGAGCGGUGAGCUGCCGGACUCCGGCCAGCCAACCGCCCUGCCCAGCUCCAGCAAGACUGCACCCCACCCUCCUAAUGACAACACACUCCACUGUUACACGCAAGCCUAAGGGAUGGACACGCGGUUCCCACCCUCUCAAGAUGGCUCCUGGGUCCCUGAGAGGCAGCAGUGUGGUAUGGGAAAAGGCCCUACAUAGGAAACCUGGGUCCCUGGCCCUGGCGCAAGUCCCUUGCCCUCUCUGGGCCUCACUCUCCCGCAGGACGCAGAGGAAGCUAGACUCGGGCCAGUGCCCGAACUCCUCUCCUGGAAUGCCCACCCCAGGGGCCUCAUUCACUCCUAGUUGUUCACCAAAUCCAGUGGCCCCACCCUUGGUGUACCUGAGCUUGGACCUGACUCUUAGAAAAUGUUUCCUUGCCUCGAGCUGAGUCCAUAUAUUUUCCCCACUCUGCCCUCUGGGUCUAGACCCUUUUCUAGCAGAAAAGCCCUUAGAUUUGAGGAGACAGGGAUGACACCCCAGAGGCCCCUCUCUCUAAAUAUAAGGCCUUGUAGUACUUUCAUCCCUGGGUUUUCUCUCCCCAAAGCUCCUUGCAGUCCAAGCCUUAUCCCUUAUGUUCCCUGUUAAAGGAAUCUCAAAGGACAAAGAGAAAGCUAGGAAACUCUGUGAUGACUGGGGGGAGGAGAAGAGCAGUGGGAAACUUUCCAACCCCAUUAAAUUCCUGUCAUCAACGCAGAACGCUUAUCUGGGUACAUCCACACCUGACUCUCCACACAAGCAGGAAGCAACCUUCCAGUCUUGAAAUGUGUCACCUGAAAGGGCUACCCAAGCCCCAGCCCUAGAUGUGGAGACGCAACCCGAUUGCUUGGAGAAAGAGAAGGCUCACACCAUACCUGCUGUGCCUCUGGGCAGGGAAAUGGAAGAAGGGGGGACUCAGGACAUAUGAGUGACCUCCUCCCACCAGACCCCCUUCCCCCCACGGCGUGCCUACAGUCUGAGCUCUACAGAGAACCCAGCUGGCAUGAAUGUUCUGAGGGACCCACUCCUCCAGCUUCCAGGAGCCUAGUCAAGAGAAGCAGGGACUUGCCCAAGAAAGGCCGUAAGAGGAGACGGAGAGCCCAGAGUCCUGGGUUCAAGCCGCAGCUCUGCCCCCAAACUGGCUUGUAACUUUUGACAAAUUGCUUUCCCUCCCUGGGCCUCAGUUUCGCCAUUUAUAAAAGGAAGGCACCGGAUCCCCCUCAGGGUCCUUCCAGCUCCAGCGUUCACUGCUUCCAAAGCCAGCAACCUCACCCUGGCUCUCCCCAGCCUGACCGUCCUCCUUCUCCCCGGGUUUUGCUCUCCUGGGGACUCCCCAUCAGAGACAGAAGCCUUGAGAAGGAUUCCAAGAGAGCAAUUGGGAAGCAUCCGCUCUUCCAGUUGGGUCCUGACAGCACACUCCUGUGUCUAUGAACGGUGCAUAUAGAAGAUGCUAUACUUUGUAUAUUUAUAUCACAAGCUUCACUCCUCUGUAAGGUGCCUCUGCACUGUUUCCUCCAUCAGGGGACAAAAUGGAAAUAAAUCCUCUGUGGAUAACCAACA